GGUUCAGGGUCACUCAAUCUCAACAGCCCAGAAGCUUCUGCAACCUCCCCAAUGUCCUUGCCCUUUGCUUUACUGAUGGCCCUGGUGGUGCUCAACUGCAAGUCAAUCUGUUCUCUGGGCUGUGAUCUGCCUCAGACUCACAGCCUGAGUAACAGGAGGACUUUGAUGAUCAUGGCACAAAUGGGAAGAAUCUCUCCUUUCUCCUGCCUGAAGGACAGACAUGACUUUGGAUUUCCCCAGGAGGAGUUUGAUGGCAACCAGUUCCAGAAGGCUCAAGCCAUCUCUGUCCUCCAUGAGAUGAUCCAGCAGACCUUCAAUCUCUUCAGCACAAAGGACUCAUCUGCUACUUGGGAUGAGACACUUCUAGACAAAUUCUACACUGAACUUUACCAGCAGCUGAAUGACCUGGAAGCCUGUAUGAUGCAGGAGGUUGGAGUGGAAGACACUCCUCUGAUGAAUGUGGGCUCUAUCCUGGCGGUGAGAAAAUACUUUCAAAGAAUCACUCUCUAUCUGACAGAGAAGAAAUACAGCCCUUGUGCAUGGGAGGUUGUUAGAGCAGAAAUCAUGAGAUCCUUCUCUUUAUCAACAAACUUGCAAGAGAGAUUAAGGAGGAAGGAGUGAAAACUGGUUCAACAUGGAAAUGAUUCUCAUUGACUAAUACACCAUCUCACACUUCAUGAGUUCUGCCGUUUCAAAGAUUAAGUUCUGCUAUAUCCAUGACUUGAGUUGAAUCAAAAUUUUCAAAUAUUUCAGAAUUGUUGAGCAACACUUCUUUAGCUCCACGGGGACAAAAUCUUUACAGAUGAUCAUGCCUAUCUAUCUAUCAUCUAUCUAUCAUCUACCUAUCAUCUAUUUUCUAUCUAAUCUAUUUAAAUAUUUAUUUGUAAGACUUAAAUUAUUUUAAAUUAUGUUUGUUCAGGUAAUAUCACAUCCACCUUUACUUUGUGGCUAAUAUAAUAUGUUCUUUAUGU